CUUUUUGGAAAUCAUAUUCAUUGGCCAUCAUUCCAUUUUCAACACAUAAUGAAUCCUCUAAAAGUUCGGAAUGCAUUUGCAUAUGACAAGAUCAUUAAUUGGUUCCCGGGUCAUAUGGCAAAGGGCUUGAGGUUGAUCACUGAGAAACUAAAUGCUGUCCAAGUGGUCAUUGAAGUGCGCGAUGCAAGGAUCCCAAUAUCAUCCAUCAAUCACAAGUUUGAGCCAAUUGCACAAAGGAAGGAUCGUCUUAUUGUUUACAACAAGACUGAUCUGGCACACCCAGCCACAGAGCAAGCAGUAGUAAAGGCAUUCAAGCAAUAUAAAAGGCAAGAAGUCGUAUUCACGAAUGCCAACGAGGAUCUUAAUAUCAAAAGGAUUAUUUCAUAUCUAGCGAAGAAAGCGAAGGCUACCGGAACAGCAGCAGAAAAGGAACUUACGACAACAGUGAUGGUCGUUGGGAUGCCGAAUGUCGGGAAAUCGUCACUGAUUAACUCUUUACGGCGGAUAGGUAUCAAAAAGGGCAAGGCCGCGCCUACAGGCGCAAUCCCAGGCAUCACCAGGACAGUUGCUGGUACGAUCAAAGUCCUAGAUUCCCCGAAAAUCUAUCUUAUUGACACUCCAGGAGUCAUGAUCCCUCACAUUGCUGACCCAAUUUCAGCCAUCAAAGUUGCUCUUACUGGCGCGAUUUCCGAUCAUCUCUCGGAUGAAGAAGUGAUUGCAGACUAUCUAUUGUUUCAAUUGAAUCAAGCACAGGAUUAUAGCUACAUGAAGCUUUACAACAUUCAGGAACCUACAGAUGACAUCAAGGUUUUUUUACCGCAAGUUGCUAAAUAUAUUGGGGCGCUAAAGAGGGGCGGGGAGUAUAAUUUGGCAGCAGCAGCGCAGUUUCUGAUCAAGCAAUAUCGUCUAGGGAAGUUAGGAAGAUACACAUUAGACGACAUUCGACCGGAGGCGCUAGAGCGGUCGCUUACAGAAGAGUCGCUUGAUCCUAUCAGUCGACGGCAGCAAAAGAAGGCAGACAAAAUUGAAGAGCGUAAACAGAAACGACUUGAGAUUCAGCGAAGGAUUGCAGAACGCGAAAAGGCAAAUCUGGAGGACAACAUGUGACUUUGUUUCUGUCUUCUCAGUCUCUCGCUUUUUUAAAAUAAAAAAUAGAUGGUUUUGGUGGCGCCAGUAACAGAUUAAAAUUAUUUUGUCACGAGCACACGAGCACACGAGCACACGAGCAC